UUUCUUGACCCAAAAAUGAAUCGUUCAAUAGAUUAUAAAAAAAUCCAUUUCCAUUGACCAUUGACAAAUUAUACAUCAGUGAGAUCAGCUUUAUGCCACAACCCAAAUUAUAUUUCUUUAUAUGCUGUUUCUGGAUUGGUUGUGCAUGUCUAUUUGCUAAUUCUGGAUGCUCUUUCAGAAUUAUACAGAUGGGGAAAAAAAAGUGCUCCUUGUUUUGCUAUUGCUAAUGAUUUUCCCUUUAGUCAUAUGUGACUUUCCAUGGCCUGUGUGCAAUAAUGCUUCAACGUACACAAAUUUGAGUACAUACUCCCAGAACUUGAAUACAGUUAUCAAUGAUCUUUCCCAGAAUGCAGUUGAAGGGUUUAGGAAGUCUUCCAGUGGGCAAUCUCCCGAUACAGUCUAUGGUCUGCUCCAGUGUUUUGGUAAUGCUUCAGCGGAGAAAUGCUCAAAUUGUUCAAGACAGGCAUACAGUGUUGCUCUAAGAAAUUGGGGCAACGACAAAGGUGUAAGGGUGUGGAUGGAUAACUGUUUCUUGCGCUAUGAUAAUACCAAUUUCAGCUCAGCAUUAGAUACCACCUUCGAGCUGCUGGAGAACGGACAAAAUAUCUCAAGCAAUGUGCAGGGUUUCAUAUCUACGACCUCUGGUCUUCUCCUCAAUUUGUCUGGAGAAGCUACAAAUAAUCUAUUUGCUGUUGGAACGGCCUACUUUACUUCCGAUCAGGUGUAUGGGUUUGAAGUGGUGUACGGGCUAGCCCAGUGCUGGACAGAUUUAUCCAUCAAGGAUUGUACUACCUGUUUGUCUCAAGCAAGACAAGAAUUGGAGGAAUGCUGUUCAUCGCAACAAGGAGCUCGGGCUAUGUCAGGAAGCUGCAUAGUGAGAUAUGAGAAAAACGCUUUUUUUACGCCCUUGCUGGAUUUAUCCUCACCCUCACCUUCAUCACCACAAACAUCAACUGAGAAAUCGUCAAAAUCACUGCCUCUAAUACUGGGGCUGGUGGGAGGAAUGAUUAUGGCGUUACUCAUUUGUUUGAUUGCUAUGAGGAAAAGACUCAAAUCUGCCAUUUUCGGUGGAACAGUGACUCGUAAUGAAGACAUGCAUGGAUUUUCUCCGGAGAUCGGGUUACUUCAACAGGACCAACAAUUUUUCUUCAGCUUGGAAGAACUGGCAGAAGCCACUGAAAAUUUUCAUGAAAAUAAAAAGCUUGGAGAAGGUGGUUUUGGUGUCGUGUACAAGGGAAGAACUAAAGAUGGAAAGGAAAUAGCAGUGAAAAAACUGUCUGCGAAGUCCACACAGGGUAAUGAACAAUUUAUGAACGAAGUGAAGCUUGUGGCCAAUGUUCAGCACCGAAACCUUGUUAAACUGUUGGGAUGUUGCACCGAGGGAGACGAAAGGUUGAUUGUUUAUGAGUAUUUUCCCAACAAGAGCCUUGACACCUUCCUUUUCGAUCCAAAAACGUGUAGGCUGCUAGAUUGGCAAAAACGUUAUAAUAUUAUCAUUGGAAUUGCUCGCGGCCUUCUCUACCUUCAUGAAGAUUCACAGAUGAGAAUCAUUCACAGAGAUAUUAAAGCAAACAAUAUUUUGCUCGAUGACAAGCUUAAUCCAAAGAUAGCUGACUUUGGCCUUGCAAAACUUUUUCCUGAUGGUGAGACACAUAUGCAAACGAGAGUUGCAGGCACAUACGGCAGCGAUUACAUGACUCCAGAGUAUGGAAUGCAAGGACAGCUCCAGAGCAUCCAAACAAGAAUUGCAGGCACAUAUGGUUACAUGGCUCCAGAGUAUGCAAUGCGAGGGCGGCUCUCUGUUAAAGCCGACGUUUAUAGCUUUGGAGUGCUAUUGCUUGAGAUUGUCAGCGGAAAGAAAAAUACAGAUCAUAUCCAUAUAUUAAAAGGGACGCAAACCUUAGUAGAAUGGGCAUGGAGACUGUACAAAGGUGGAAAUACACUGGAGAUGGUGGAUCCAACAAUAUCAGAAGAAUGCCCCCAGGAGCAAGCUUUGAGAUGCAUUCAUAUCGGGCUUGUAUGUGUUCAAGCUGAUGCAAAACUCCGUCCACUCAUGUCUGAUAUUACUGUGAUGAUCUCAAACAGUUCAAUAGCGUUGCCCAUUCCAGCAGAGCCCGCUUUCCUAACAAGGAGCAGAAGCCUUGCUUCAACAUCAAGAUCAAAGUCAAGGUCAGGGACGACCACAUCAUCUACAUCUGGUAUUUUUACAGUAAAUGAAACUUCUGUCACGGAAACGAAUCCUAGAAUUAUACAGAUGGGGGAAAAAAAAUUGCUCCUUGUUUUGCUAUUGCUAAUGAUUUUCCCUUUAGUCAUAUGUGACUUUCCAUGGCCUGUGUGCAAUAAUGCUUCAACGUACACAAAUUUGAGUACAUACUCCCAGAACUUGAAUACAGUUAUCAAUGAUCUUUCCGAGAAUGCAGUUGAAGGGUUUAGGAAGUCUUCCAGUGGGCAAUCUCCCGAUACAGUCUAUGGUCUGCUCCAGUGUUUUGGUAAUGCUUCAGCGGAGAAAUGCUCAAAUUGUUCAAGACAGGCAUACAGUGUUGCUCUAAGAAAUUGCGGCAACGACAAAGGUGUAAGGGUGUGGAUGGAUAACUGUUUCUUGCGCUAUGAUAAUACCAAUUUCAGCUCAGCAUUAGAUACCACCUUCGAGCUGCUGGAGAACGGACAAAAUAUCUCAAGCAAUGUGCAGGGUUUCAUAUCUACGACCUCUGGUCUUCUCCUCAAUUUGUCUGGAGAAGCUACAAAUAAUCUAUUUGCUGUUGGAACGGCCUACUUUACUUCCGAUCAGGUGUAUGGGUUUGAAGUGGUGUACGGGCUAGCCCAGUGCUGGACAGAUUUAUCCAUCAAGGAUUGUACUACCUGUUUGUCUCAAGCAAGACAAGAAUUGGAGGAAUGCUGUUCAUCGCAACAAGGAGCUCGGGCUAUGUCAGGAAGCUGCAUAGUGAGAUAUGAGAUAAACCCUUUUUUUAUGCCCUUGCUGGAUUUAUCCUCACCCUCACCUUCAUCACCACAAACAUCAACUGAGAAAUCCUCAAAAUCACUGCCUCUAAUACUGGGGCUGGUGGGAGGAAUGAUUAUGGCGUUACUCAUUUGUUUGAUUGCUAUGAGAAAAAGACUCAUAUCUGCCAUUUUCGGUGGAACAGUGACUCGUAAUGAAGACAGGCAUGGAUUUUCUCCGGAGAUCGGGUUACUUCAACAGGACAAACAUUUUUUCUUCAGCUUGGAAGAACUGGCAGAAGCCACUGAAAAUUUUCAUGAAAAUAAAAAGCUUGGAGAAGGUGGUUUUGGUGUCGUGUACAAGGGAAGAACUAAAGAGGGAAAGGAAAUAGCAGUGAAAAAACUGUCUGCGAAGUCCACACAGGGUAAUGAACAAUUUAUGAACGAAGUGAAGCUUGUGGCCAAUGUUCAGCACCGAAACCUUGUUAAACUGUUGGGAUGUUGCACCGAGGGAGACGAAAGGUUGAUUGUUUAUGAGUAUUUUCCCAACAAGAGCCUUGACACCUUCCUUUUCGAUCCAGAAACGUGUAGGCUGCUAGAUUGGCAAAAACGUUAUAAUAUUAUCAUUGGAAUUGCUCGCGGCCUUCUCUACCUUCAUGAAGAUUCACAGAUGAGAAUCAUUCACAGAGAUAUUAAAGCAAACAAUAUUUUGCUCGAUGACAAGCUUAAUCCAAAGAUAGCUGACUUUGGCCUUGCAAAACUUUUUCCUGAUGGUGAGACACAUAUGCAAACGAGAGUUGCAGGCACAUACGGCAGCGAUUACAUGACUCCAGAGUAUGGAAUGCAAGGGCAGCUCCAGAGCAUCCAAACAAGAAUUGCAGGCACAUAUGGUUACAUGGCUCCAGAGUAUGCAAUGCGAGGGCGGCUCUCUGUUAAAGCCGACGUUUAUAGCUUUGGAGUGCUAUUGCUUGAGAUUGUCAGCGGAAAGAAAAAUACAGAUCAUAUCCAUAUAUUAAAAGGGACGCAAACCUUAGUAGAAUGGGCAUGGAGACUGUACAAAGGUGGAAAUACACCAGAGAUGGUGGAUCCAACAAUAUCAGAAGAAUGCCCCCAGGAGCAAGCUUUGAGAUGCAUUCAUGUCGGGCUUGUAUGUGUUCAAGCUGAUGCAAAACUCCGUCCACUCAUGUCUGAUAUUACUGUGAUGAUCUCAAACAGUUCAAUAGCGUUGCCCAUUCCAGCAGAGCCCGCUUUCCUAACAAGGAGCAGAAGCCUUGCUUCAACAUCAAGAUCAAAGUCAAGGUCGGGGACGACCACAUCAUCUACAUCUGGUAUUUUUACAGUAAAUGAAACUUCUGUCACGGAAACGAAUCCUAGGUGAUCUUAGAAAAACCAGGACUGGGGCUUCUAUACAAAAGUGAAGAAUAGUCCUCUUUUCUGACUCUUCCGAGUAGUCAAUUCUCUAAGCCAUCCAUAUCCAUAUCUUCUAUUCGUAGUACUGGAGGAUUUAAAGCACAUUCUCAAUUUUAUUGUUAGUUUUAAGA